CGAUCAGGCUGCCUCGGAUCUGAUUCUUAAAUAUAACUUGCGCUGAAUAUUAUAUUUCCCUACAAAGGGUUGUUGAAUAUAGAGAGCGAGAGAAUCAGCAAGUCGCCAUUGAUUCUUGUACCUUAUUCCCAACACUUCAUAAUUGAUAAGGGAAUCAUAGAGAGUGAACAACCUGUGGUCAUAGAUUCAAUCCAGAAAUGAUGCAUGCCAUAAACGCAGUACAGUUGAUACGAAUGGUGACGAGUCCCAGUAGCAAUUCGAUGUUAGGAGCAGAGAUUGAAUUCGGAUCGGCGAUGUUCUACGUUUACGUUGGCAUCUCGUGUUUUCUAGUCAUCUUUGCCGGCAUCAUGUCCGGACUUACCUUAGGAUUGAUGUCUCUUGGUCUCGUCGAGCUCGAAAUCCUCCAGCGUAGCGGCACUCCUGUUGAGAAAAAACAAGCAGCUGUCAUAUUUCCAGUGGUUCAGAAACAGCACCAACUUCUUGUAACAUUGCUUUUAUGCAAUGCAGCUGCCAUGGAGGCCCUUCCAAUAUACUUAGACAAGAUAUUCAAUCAAGUUGUUGCAAUAGUUCUUUCUGUAACUUUUGUCCUGUUUUUUGGAGAGGUGAUUCCACAAGCAGUGUGUACUAGAUAUGGACUUGCUAUAGGUUCUAGUUUUAUAUGGCUUGUGCGUGUUUUGAUGAUAGUUUGUUAUCCAAUUGCUUACCCUAUAGGCAAGAUGCUUGAUUUGGUAUUGGGACAUAAUGAUGCUUUAUUUAGAAGAGCUCAGUUGAAAGCCCUUGUUUCAAUCCAUGGUCAAGAGGCAGGUAAAGGAGGUGAACUCACUCAUGAUGAAACCACAAUUAUCAGUGGAGCACUUGAUUUAACUGAAAAGACUGCAGAGGAGGCUAUGACACCAAUCGAGUCAACUUUUUCAUUGGAUGUCAAUUCAAAGUUAGAUUGGGAAGCAAUGGGAAAGAUUCUUGCAAGAGGUCAUAGCAGAGUUCCUGUGUACUCUGGAAACCCAAGAAAUGUUAUUGGACUUCUAUUGGUGAAAAGUCUUCUUACUGUAAGAGCAGAAACUGAGACUCCAGUAAGUGCAGUUUCCAUUAGAAGAAUUCCAAGGGUUCCAGCUGACAUGCCACUGUAUGACAUACUGAAUGAGUUCCAAAAAGGAAGUAGUCAUAUGGCAGCUGUAGUCAAAACAAAAGGAAAAAGUCAAAGACCUCCUACACUUGAAGAAGAACCAAAACAGAGUGAGAAUGUAACAAUUGAUAUGGAGCCACGAACUUUUGCUAAACAAGGAGAUGUUGGAACAAAUGGAGUGCCUUAUUUAACUGAAGACAUUGAAGAAGGUGAAGUCAUUGGUAUAAUCACUUUAGAAGAUGUAUUCGAGGAGCUUCUUCAGGAGGAGAUUGUAGAUGAGACUGAUGAGUUUGUUGAUGUGCAUAAAAGGAUACGUGUAGCAGCAGCUGCAGCUGCUUCAUCUGUAGCUCGUGCUCCCUCAGUUCGGAGAUUAACUGCUAUUGCUGGAGCCCAAAAUAAGCAAGGGCAAACUCCAAAGAAGUCGAGUGAGGAUGAUUCAUCUUCAUCAAAAUUUCAAAAGGCUCUCGUUGAGCCUUUGCUUCGAAAAGAGACGUAAAAGGGUCAAUUGGUCAAAGCCUUGUAAAAGGCUUUUUUUUUUUGUGUGCGUGGGAGGGAUAUAUAUAUGUCAUUAGCCCCUAAUGGUUAAAUUAUAAGAAAGGUCUGUCAAUUUGUUGUGGAUGCGGAUGCACCUUUUUUUUUUUUUUUUUUUUUUUUUUUUUUUUUUUUUUUGUAAUGAAGUUAAGGCCGCAUAUUGUAAAUCUAAUACCAGGAAAUAGUAGAGGGAAAACUUGUUAUUAGACCUUGUGUUUUCUAUGGUCACGUUAUGCAGACCUGGACAUGACAUGACUGGUUGAACUGCAUUUGACGUGCAAUUGGACUGAAACUAAAACUAAUGCCAAUGAGACAAAAUUUGCAAA